CGUUAUUGUGAAGAUCGUUGUCGUAGCGUGCGGUCGGUGGAGCGAAAUUGCGCGUGAGUUGUUUUCGAUUUUACCGUUACCGUUAAUUCACGCAAAACUCGCCAAAUGGAAUAAGAAAAAAAACUACGCGCAAUAUUUGUAGAUGUUUCGUGAGUGUGUGUGUCCAAUAAAUUGAUCAACAAUUACUAAUUGUUGCAUAGAAGUGUCGAAAAGCAAAAAACAGCAACAACAACCGUAACUCAAGUCGUUCGCUAAUUGGUGACAUAAUUUUUUUAUAACUGGCAAAAAAAAAAAAAAAAGAAAAAAAAGGCAAAAAAAAAAGCCUACAGAUAAUUGAAUUUUAGCUGCGGUCAAGUCCCGAACGAGACUUGAACUAAUUUGAUGUGAAAAGGUUUAAGUUUGUGUGUUAUUUUUAUCAGCGCUUGUGCGCUUUGUGCCGUUAAUUGAGGCCACUCGCUAUAUAAUUCAACUAGCAAUUUAUGUCUAGCCGAGUGUCCACUGUAAUUGUCUCUCGCAAUGUGGCACAGAAAAGCCGCUGAAUGUGAAAUGUGCCGCGUGUGUCGCCUGCUUUGCCUGCUGCUCAUGCUGCUUGGGGCGGCGCUGGGUGCCACGCCCUUUGCCAAGGAAUACCGAAGCGCGGGCCUGUUCAAAGGCAACACGCUGAUCGACAUGGAACUGGAUGCAGUCACCACACUGGACAUGGGCGCCGAGAAGCUAGAGAAAGCUUCAGGAGGCGGUGGCGGAGGGGCGGAAGCAGAGGAAGCAGUUAAUUCGGAUCAUAUGGAUAAUAUGAUGGGAUUCAAAGCGGAGUCGUCGGUCGUAUUGCCAGGCGUGCAGCUAAAUUCAGGCUGCCCCGUGACGACGAGCUCGCACUGUUUGCGCUGCAACAAGGCGGGCUGCAUCAAGUGUCCACUGUACCUGGUGACGGAUACGCGCCAAUGCGUGGAUGAAUGCCCCGCCGGCUAUCUGGAUCAAUGGUCGGCCCACACCGAGUUCAUGGGUCGCGUCUGUGUGCCCACUGGCUACUCCGGGCCGCUGAUGGCAGCGCUGGCCGGUCUGCUGGGCGGCUUCUUGGUCUGCCUCUCGCUGCUGGCCGUGGCCGUGAUGCUGGUGCGGCGCAAGCGACGGCGCAAGUCAGUCAAGCAGAAGCUCAUCAAUGAGAACACAAUGGAUCGAGCGGAUUUCAUGCGUCAGCUGAACGAGAUGCGACCCAAUGCGGAGUACUUUCUGGCCAUGCUGAACGACACGCGCCGGCAAAUACGCAAACUGUACUUGUCCGGCGAGGUGGCAGCGGCCAACUCGUAUCGGCCCAUUGUCCGGGACCUGGCCAAGCUGCUGAUACUGCUGAACAGGCCCAUUGAGCUGAUACCCACGCCGCCGCACGACUGGGCGCGGCUGUAUGCGUGGUCGGAGCACGCGCUGGAGCGCUAUAAGCCGCAAGUGGGUCAGCUGAUUGACUUCUUCCAGACCUCCCAUGCGGGCGGCGGUGGCUCCGAGGCGCUGUAUGCGGCGCCCAAGAAGCCCAGCCACAGCAUCUACAGGCAGCAACAGCAGCAGCAGAAGGCGGGGACGCCACCCAGUCAAAAGCUGGGCACGGAUCUGCUGCCAGGAGAUCGCAGCAGCAGCGCCUCGGCACAGCAGAAGCUGCAUCUGUUCGGUUCGCUGAUCAGCCUGCACGAGUUCGAAGAGCCGCGCGCCUCGGAUCCAUUUGGCAGCAGCUUCAAUACGCUGAAGAGCGGCAAUCUCAUCACGGAUCUCAAUGCCAGCUCGCUCUGGCUGGAGGAUGAGUUCUAUAAGCUGGGCUUUCGGCCGCAGGACGAGAUCACGACUGAGCUCUAGUGUCGGCCGCUGCAGCAGCAGAGGGAAGAGUAUUAUCCUAGCGCAAAGCUGGCUACGCUACACGCUUCCAUGUGCAGCGUAAGUCCAGCCCAGAGCUGAGCACAUUCCGCCAGGCCAUCAACAAACUGAGACGCACAUUUAGCUGCCGAUGCUAACUGUUAACGUUUAGUUUAGUUUAAUCUAGCUUAACCGUAGUUAGUCUAUCAUCUAGCCUCUACAGAGCGAACUAGUCAUGUAAAAUCACAAAAA